GAGGCGAAUCAUCUUAGUUUUAUUUAUCGAUGAAUAUAUUUAAUAAAAAUAAAAAAAUGAAAGUUUUUAAUAGUAUCAUUAUGGUGUUUCAAGUGAUUCUUUGUGAUAACGUCAUCAAAAGUCAAAACACGACAUCAUCAUCAAAACAAACAUUUUCAUGCAAAGGAAAAUACACUGGUUUUUAUGCUGAUGUUGAAUCUAACUGUCAAGUUUAUUACACGUGCGAUGAUCAUGGUAAUAAAUUCACUUAUAAUUGUCCUAAAGACACUGCAUUUCGCCAAGAAGCACUUGUUUGCGAUCAUGCUCAUCUAGUUGACUGUAAAAAAACUGAACAAUUCAUUGAAAAAAUUGAAAAUGAUCAAGUACACAGUACUGAUGAAUCACAGAAUUCUCAUGAAAGAGGCGAACUUUUCAGGUCAUUUAGAAUAGCUCUACCAGAACCUUCACGUUACUUACAAAGUCCAAAAAUAAAUAAUAGUAAACCAACAACAUUUUUCAUGAGUUCAACUGUCUUUUUACGUGAAAGUCCAAAUACAAAAGUGAGAGGAAAUUUUAUUGAAUCAAUUACAAGUGAAAAAUAUGACCUCUCAACUACACCAAAAUCUUUUGAUCCUGAAAUAACAAAACAUAAUAAUAAUAUUAAUAAUUUCGAUACUUUUAAACAGACCAGUGAAUCAAAAAAUUUAAACAUAAAAAAUGUAUUUAAUUCAUACUCUAAGGAUAAUGAAAAUAAAAGAAAGCCUGAUGAUUUAAAAAUACUUGAAAAUAAUGAUCAUAGUAAAAAUAAAAAAAUUUUAGUUUAUACAACAACUGAAAAAAUAACAACAGCAGGAACUGAAUUUCCAAUACCAAAAUUUUCUGGUGAACUUUCAGCAUCGCCUGAUUAUGAUCCAUAUUAUCCAAAACUGAUAAGAACAACAGAUAAUCCUUAUAUUUUUAAAAAUACAAAAAUUAAUAAAUCUACAUUUUUUUCAACGAAAAAACCAUGGAGUAAUUACGUUAAUAUUAACAUACCUGAUAUUAUUCCAGAUUUGAAUUCUCUUGAUGAUUUAGUUGACCGUAAAAAAAUAUUUUUUAUCCCAAGAUUAAAUAAACUUUGAUAUUCAGAUUUUUUUUUUUUU